AUGGAGAAUGGUGAUGACUUAGGGUGCUCGCGAGAAUUUAUCUUGUCAGAACUAUUGCGUGUCCUGUGCCAGUUCGUCAAUUCGCCAACAAGCUCAUCCUCAGGACCCUUACCAGAUCAGCCGGGACGUCUCGAUCUGGCACUGCUGCAGGAAACGCCGCAGAAUUCACGACAGGAUAAAAGUCUUCACUCAGAAGCCGAGUUUCUCAGUGGUGGGCUUAAGGACAUGCUCAGCGAAAAUGCAUCGCGCGCACGAUCCACUUCGAGACAACCGAGAUCAUAUGUAAAAGCAAGUCAAGCUAUCAGCCGCAUACUGUCUGAAAUCGUGCUCGACAGUCGUGAACAGAGACGUCUGUUGUAUGAAUGGACGUACCCGCCAGGUCAUCUUGCAUACAUGUCUGGCGACGAUGAUGCAGCGUUUGAAUUGUGGCAGAACCCUUACAACGAGGCUAGAAUUGAUGUCCUGAAGCGAGACCUGGUACACCUGGCGGUCUACACGUCUGACGCACAAAUGCUUCAGCGUAUGUUCCGAUACGAUGACAAGGCUGCAGCGAAGGUGACUUCUGACCUCUUCGGGUUGACUCCACUUCGAAUUGCAGCAUGUCGUAACGAUAUCUUGUGCUUCUCGUUGGUGUGGCAGUACGAUAGUGACAGCGCUCUGAGAGAUGAGAUCGGACAAAGUGUGCUCAGGCUUGCUGCCAAGAAUGGUAGCUGUCAAGUCGCAGCUUUGAUUCUGGGCUACAGUCCUCGACGACCCGCCCUUCUACCAGCACUUCGUGCGGCGAUCAACGCUGGGAAUGAGGAAAUCUCGAGCAUCAUUGUAUCCCACUUUAACGACAAAACGUGUCUGGAUAUUACACAGCUACGACUGACGCUUCGGGAGGCUCAAAAAGCUGGAUUCGUUGAAAUUGCGUCCAAGCUCGAACUCAUAAAGCAAAGAUCACCUGCAACGGCAAUAGCACAAACUGUGGUAGACCCUGCGGUCUUCGGCGGUUGGAAUUGUAACUGGUAUUCAGCAAGCACAGACGAAGUAUUUGCUGACUUGACAGACACCUCCUAUUGUGACAUGUUGCAAACAACAAACAUGAACGAGGAACUUCUUUAUCAAUUUCCCACACCGAUUGACCACGGCUGCAGCUACUUACACCCAGAUCUGACGCCAACAUAUACGUAUAGGGAUGCAGUGAACGGACUGUUGAUAAGAUGA